GAGGCGUGUGAUUUCUCUUUGUACUGAAUGAAGAGUUCAGCCAGCUCCGCUCCUCUCUCUUCUCUUUUUAUAUAAGCAGAGUUUGCAUGCUGUAAAUAGCCCAAUAAGCCGGUUACUCUUCACGUUUCACCGUAACGGUCGCUCCGGUUUGUUUUGUGGAAACGUCCGGCUACUGCCAAUGUCUCUUUGAGCAAUUUUUGGACAACAAAAGCAUCAGGUCCAGCGCUGUUUCUUCGGGGGAUUCCAAGUCACACAUUUAUCAGCCGGGAUUUUUUUUUCAGUGAGGAAAAGGCCAGCACGUCAACAAAAGCCGCUUCGCCUCCUGACUGUCGCCCAUUUCACACUUCACACCUCCGGGGGUGAUUUUAGUAUCCCGAAGCGAGUGACCAUGGCUGAUACGAGCCCUCAACCCCGGGUAUAUUUCCAGACGCCGGGCGGCACCGCGGAGGAACCCGAGAUUCCGGUUCGGAAGCAGGGACGCGUUACCGUCAAAUAUGACCGUAAGGAGCUGAGGAAGAGACUGAACCUGGAGGAGUGGAUUAUCGACCAGCUAACGGACCUCUACGACUGUGAGGAGGAGGCCAUCCCAGAGCUGGAGAUCGAUGUGGACGAGCUGCUGGAUAUGCCCAGUGACGUAGAGCGGGGAGCCAGGGUCAAGGACUUAGUGGUCGAGUGUUUUAAGCCUACUGAGGACUUCGUCUCAGAGCUGCUGGACAAGAUCCGAGGGAUGCAGAAGCUCUCCACGCCUCAGAAGAAAUGAUGCGUCCCUCCUCCUCCUCACCCACACCCUCCCCUCCACCUCUCGUCUUCCUACCUUGCUCUCCAUUUUUUUUUUUUUAAGUCUCCAUCCAUUGUGCAUCUUCUUGUUUCCUCUUGCCUGGAUCCAGCCCUAUUAGUGGCUUGAUUUCCAUGUUGUGUGACCUUCCUGUGUUGUUAGUCGGACGUUCUUCUUAAAAAGCGAAGAUUGGUCAAGUUAAGUUAGCAACAAGUGUUUCAUUGGGCUUCAUCCAGGCACGUUCCUUCCUUCCCUUUUCCACUCCUUGUCCUUCACCCUUUGUUUUGGCUUUUACUCCUCUUCCUCCUCCAGCUCUUCUUCCUCCCACCCUCCCUUUAAACCACCCUCCAUCUGUCUGAGGAGGAAGAGAAAAAGAGGAAAGGAGUCAUAUAAUUACUGAGAGGAGCGGCUGAGAGUGGGAAGACGAACAAGGGAAAGAGUCUCCGACGGCCAAAAAAAGAGUGGAAGGCGGAAACAGCCAAUCAGCUUGAAGCAGGGCCUAAUCAUUGCUUAUGUCUAUAAUGAGAUUCCUUGUUUUGUAAUGGGGUUACUCUUUUAGAUGAUUUGCCAACCGUGAUUCUUGUGAUGCUUUCAGUGCAGGGGGGAUAUUCACUUGACUUUUUUGGCGGGGUCAGUACAGUCUUUUCAGAUCAUUCCUCCCAUAAUCAGAGGCAUGUGUUACACUGGUGCAUUUAAAGACUGUCCUUUUUUAGUGUGUGGAUCUGCACUAUGUCAUUUUAUGGAAGAAAAUCUGAACCCUUUGACCACGAGAAAUAAUGGGACGUAAUUUGAGUCCAACAAAGAGAGAAAUCCGAUCCUGGAAAUAGUGGUUGAACCUUAAAACAAAGUUGCUGUGGUGGUCUAACGGUUCGACUAAUUAUAGACUACAAAUCUUCCUUUGAGGCUAGAGUAGAAGUAGGUUCUCUUUAGGGUGGGUGUGCUUGAAUUACACAUUUUUAAGGAAGAAAAGUUUAUUUUCUUUCCUCAAAGCGUAGUGCAGUUGUAAGAGAGGCUCUUUAGAAGCACAUACAUGCAUUUGUGCGUCCGUGUUGCUAAAUGCUACAUGUUGCUACAUAAUGUACAGCAACAAACAUAAUAGGAGUGUUUUCCGGCCUGUAUAUUCUGCUGUUCAGUACGACAAAUUAGAUUUUGUUUAAAUAGGACUGGUUCCUGGUUUAGUUUUUCUUGAUUUUGUCACACACACACUGACAGUCUGAAAGGGGGGUCCCAGAACAAAGCUGCCUUGUUUUCUUUUGUUUCAUCCCCUCUCUGUGUCUCUUCCUCACUUUUAUUCGUUUAUCUUUCAGUCCACCACAUUGUUUUGUGUUUGGCAGGCGUCCAUUUGGAGCACACACACACACACACACACACACACACACACACACACACACACACACACACACACACACACACACACACACGUGGAAGCUGUGAAAUUGUCUUUAAAGCUCCACGUUGGUGUCGAGACUUUGUAUUGCCCUCUGCAUGCCAGUAGAUCCACCAAUGGGAGGGAUGGAUGGAGGCCGCUGUUUUACAUUGAAGCUGUCUAAAUGCAUCCACCCUUCCUUUUCUUCUCUCACUCACACACACACGCCACCCUCGGGGCGUAGAAAACGGAAACACACUAGCAAACACAGCUGCCUCUCACACAGAUGUGCACACACACACUGAGAGAGAAAGGGAGAGGGAGACAAGUCGGGAGCUGUCACAGGACCUGUGUGAGUUCCCCCUCCGCAGCUGCCAAUCAUCUGCGAGGAUAAGCCAUCUGCUUCUCAAUCUGAGCCAAUCGGAUCAGAGGCUGAAGCCCGUCGUCCAAUCGGAGACGCAUUAGCUGUGAUGCCUGUGGCCAAUUGCUAACACCUGCGGAGACAGCAGACCUCCACUGUCUGUCUUUCUCUCUCAGUGCCAACACACACACACACACACACACACACACACACUCACACACACACACACACACACACACACACACACACACACACACACACACACACACACACACACACACACAGGCCCAUUUUCAUCUUGCUGCUCUGUCCUUCCUGCCUGUCAUCCCCCCUCCUCCUCCUCCCUCCCUCAAUCCUUUUUCCUUUCCUUUAAAAAAAAAAAACAGAUGUUGCCUUAGGUAUUAUUUAUGUUACACAAACCAAAUAAACGGGAGACAUUCAUUUUUUAAAAGGUAACUGCUAAACACGUGAGCAGAACUGCGACAUGUGGAGAAUCUCCUGUCGCUCCUUUUUUGGAAAACUAAAUGAGAUUUCUUUUUUUCUUUUUAGAAGUGAGUGUUUAAUACUUAGGCCUUGAUACAGUGAUUUUGUUUAGAUGAAACAAUGUUCCUUGCAUUUACCAUUUGAAUACUGGGCUGUUUUUAUUGUGACCAUGACACUUAUUGAUGCCAUGCCUUGGAUUAACAUAGCUGAACACAAAUCCACUCAGAUACACCUUGGUGCGAUUGCUUUUGCCUUCCUAGUGGGGUUUCCAAAUCAAGCACGGUCUGCGUUUUUAUUUCGGAGACAUCGGAUUGUACCAGGCACGCUCAAUCAGUAGGUGAAUUUGAGUGGAUUUUCUUGUCUAAAUCCAGGUUUGGAUUAUAUCUUCUUAGACUGUUAUUGAGGAGUCUGUUUUUUUACUGUUGGAGAAAAUUGCAAAAAAAAAAAUAUAUAUACUGAUUAUCAUCAUUGAGGCUAAAUACAAGAGCUAAACUGUGCAGAUUGAAGGAGCGAAGGUGUUUUUUUUGGACAAUGAUUAGAUCGAAACCACAAACAAAUGUAGCAAUAUCAACAACAGGUCUUGUUUUUGCCCAAUUUUGUUACACUUUUAUGCAACUUUAAUAAAAACAUGUAAAAUGGAAA